CGUGAGUCACUUCUUCCUUCCAUCAUUUCACAGAGCCAGAGCUGGAUCGCUGGGUCGCAAAAGAUAUAAUUUCUUGAUUUUUCGCAUGUACUGUGUCUGUGUAAGAUUUCACUGAUUACUUGGUUAUCUCCGUAACUCUUCAGAAGAAUUUUAAUUUUAUCCCGAUUCCCAACCGGCAUUACCAGGAGUACAUAGGCCCUUUUAAUUUUAAUUGCCUCUCAAUGUGAUUUUAGUGCUGUGUAAGUGUCAACUUUCAUUCGAUUCCUUAAAUGCUUUGCUCAUGAUUGCCUGCUACAUCAGUUUUAACCCUGCAGAUUGUCCCUUAAGAUGAGCUCUCAAGAAUCCGAGUCCCAGGAGACUCAGUACAUGUCAGAGUCUCAAGAAAGUUUAAUUGAAUUAAAACUAGCAGACACGCAAACAAGUGAAGAUGCACCAGUCAAAAAUUCUCCUUCACUAAAUGAAGGAACGUUUGCUGCGCCACUAUCAAAGAGCUUACAAUCUAAUAAAACAAGCAAUGAAGACAACAUUUCCAUGACACUAUCACAAAAUACGAUCAUCCUUUCAGAAUCAGAUGACACCUACAAUAAAUCGGGAAACCUCUCUUUGUCAAAUGACUCUCCUGACUUUCAAAACAUUUCAAAUCCAUCAUCAGCUGUGCUGACUCCACUGUCUGAUGACUCUAAACCCGGCAUUAGCAGUCAAGACUUAUUUCUGACAACAUCUGCAAGCAAUCAAGGCUUAAGUCAAAGAUUUGUAAUUUCGUCUUCAACACCUCGACUGCGUGAGUUAUCUGACACUGAAUGUCCAGCCCAAAAGAAAAGAAAAUUGGAUCCAGAUCCUGACUCAUCAGUAGAAAUUAUUUCAAAAACUCCUGACGUUUCCAAUCUAGCUGCUGAAAUGUCAGUAGAAGAGGUUCCUGCUGAAGGAGCUCCGGCACUCUCUGGCCCAUCUCCAAAUAGUGGCAACACAAUUAUUCUUGAUGCAUCCAAUACUUGUGCUUCUGUGCCACCAACCGCAACCGAGUCAGAAUUUUCUCUACACUACACGCAGUCUGCUUCUCAGCUAAAAGAGCUUACCAGUGCAGACGUUCCAAAACGUUCCUCUAGCAAUAGUGAAAUACUGACAAAUGGAUCCCAGGACAGUCAAAAAACAAGUUGGGGAUCACAUAAUUAUGAAGAAUUCUCAUAUAAUUCACAUUGUGAGGCUAUCAAGUCGCCCUCAAAGAAAUUGAAAUUGGAACAGGACAAAAACUUGGCAGAUACAUACAGGUGUGAGGCAGGACCAAUCUCAGUAGUUUUAAAAAUGGUAUACUCAGAAACAGUGCCAAAUAAAUUGUUAGCUUUGGACAUUGUAGACUUUUCCUUUCAUCUGGAAGAGGGAAAAGAAUACAGACGAGCCAGCUCCUCCUUAUCUUCAGGAGUUCUUGGUGAUCUUUCUUCUGGUAGUUCAAGUCUGUACAGCUUGCCCGGUCCGUUCAAACCCAGGGGGCGGCAGGCAUGUGUAAGCUCCACUGAUAGUGACCAAAUCAAAUCGGAUGCACGGAAAUUACAAGGCGCCAAUGGCAAAACACACCCAUCAAAAUUGAGCCCGUUUCCAGGCUUAGAUAGAGUGCCGGUGAGAUGCAGCAAUUGCCAUUUUGCAUUUCCCCAACCUCAGUUAUUCUCUUCGCCAACUAUGAAUGGGACAGCAAAUGGAAAAGGUGACUUACAAAUAUAUGUUAACUCCUCAGGCCACAUUGUAACCCCAGACAUCUCAUCAUCGUCCUCACAAACUCAUUCGGGAGGAUUGCAGUCAAGAGAGCAAGAAAACAGGUCAUCUCCUCAAUCACCAGUAACGUAUCAAGAAAUUAUCAGAUCACGUGAAAACCCUUUUGGAAAUCUAUCUGUUGCUUUUGGCUUUUGGUCCAGUUUUUAUUUUCCGUGUCGCAUUUUGAGGUGCAUAGCAGACAAGUUCUUAGUAUUGUUCUUUGAUAACGAAGAGAAAGAGCUAACUAAAAAUAAACUCAUUCCUUUGUCAAUGUUAAAGCCCAAUAGCAUGAUAAUGGUGCACGUACCGUCCAUCAAUUCUUACACACCAGGAAGGCUCGAAGAAAUUUCAGAUUCACCGGACCACCGAUCAGCGCCGUUUGCUGUAUUUACUCAAAAUGAGCUAAAUUAUUUUUCAAUUGAAUCCCUUGGAAUUGCAGAACAGCAGAGGAAGGUUUUAAUAAGGAAUAACAAUCCUCAACCUGCCACAAAUUUAAGUUCCAUUGACCUGGACAACUGCACCAGUGCAAAAAGAAAUAGGACCCCGCGUCAGAGUAUCAUCUCAAGUUUAUCUUCACCGAGGACAGUAAAAUCCACUGCUGCAAAGAAACUAUUCAGGAAUGCAGAAUGCAAAGCAAGCACGAGUGAAGGGAAAAGUCCCAGGAAUAAUAAAAGAGCUGCUCGGAAGUUACUAGACGAGCCCAAAUCUUACUAUUCAGAUUCAGAGUGCGACCCUAAGCAGUACGAUUUAGACCUCUCAGGCAAUGGAAUCCGUGGAGUGCACCUAGAAAAAAAAGACUUCAAUGAUCCUUUGUGUAACUUGAAACAGAAGAAAAUAACAAGUGCAAAUGAUGAUACUUCACUCAUUGAGAAGUACGGGCCAAUUCCUGUUAAGGGAAGUAAUUUAUUUGCAGGAUUUGUCUUUGUUCUGACUUACACUGAUGAGUCCAUCAGCAAACCCUCGUUUAGAACCCAAACAGACUCCAUGACAUCUGAAUCAGAGACAGAUUUAGAUGAAUUUCUCAAGACUGAGUACCCCUUCUCCAAAUCAAGAUUAAUCACCCAGAUCAAAGCUGGAGGUGGUUCAUACUAUGAAAAUAUUACCCACGUUCCAUUUAAUGAAUUGAAAAAUACAGUUUUAAUUUCAAACAAACCUAGUCUCACUUGCACUUACAUAUAUGCCCUAGCAGAGGGUAUCCGAGCGUAUAAGCAUGAAGAUAUAAUUUACUGUUGUGUCAAUAGUAUACCAUUUAGAGAUUAUAUUCAGACACAAAAUUAUUUGCCCAAUGGAUGGUCCUAUUCAUUAGUUGGCUACAAAGAAGUCCCAAAAAUGAAACCAGAAGAGGGGAGUUUACGACCCCAAAUCUUGAAGGGCAAGUGGAUUCUUUUACUUUUAGACGAGAAAGCAAAACAGGAGUGUGUCGAUUUCUGGACAGCGAUCUUAGAAAUUGCAGGUGCUCGACCCAGAAGAGGUUAUGCAAAAGUGGGUUCAGAUGAGUCUCCAGUUAUUGCAAUUGCAGAUGAGUCACUGAGUAAAGAAAUGCGAGAGAGAAAAGAUAUCAAAUGUGUUUCUGUUGUAUGGCUCAUUCAAAGCUUAAUCAACAACCAACUGAUGAAAGCAGAAGGCCAUCCUCACUACAAGUAUGAUUUCAAAUCUGGUCGAGUAGAUGAUUCUGUUUAGUCAUAAAGUUUCUCUGUGAUCUAUCUUAUUUUUAUUGUUAGAUACUGUCGGAUAUUAGUUUUUGUUCAUUUGUAUUAAAUUUUGCUUGACCAGACAAUGUUGGUGAAAGAAGGCUUUCUACUUUUCUGAAGGAACUCACAAUUCAUUCUAAGGGCCAGAUUAUUAUACGAUACCAAGAAUUGUAUGUUGGGGGGUUUCCACUUGCUCGAUCAGUCUCUAUUCUAACUACAGAGCUUUCAAGAUGGUUACAACAAAGAUUGUGGGAAAUGGCUCUGUUGAAAAGAAAAAAAAUAAUAACUGUAAUGUUGCUUUCAAAAUACGCCUCUCGUGGAAUCACUCCGUUUUUCAAUGCAUGCUGAUAGAUUUUUGUUAAAAAAAAAUUAGAAAUCCUCAGACACUCUGGUCCUUCAUCAUUGUAAAGCACAGCAUCAAAAAAAAUUAUGUUGAAAGGUAUGAAGCCCUCUCUCACGAAAUUUUGCCUAACUAUGUGGUACAUACUAUCUGUAAGGAUUAAAUCCACUCUUUGCCAGUGGCAAUCUCUUUCUUAUACCUUACUUCUAGACCCAAUUUUCAGUUUUUAAGUGUACUUAUUUUUUUAUGAACAGUUGUUCUCAAAAUUUAGUAGACAGGAGACAAAAAGGAAGCAUUAUCUUGUGAGCAUGUACUGUUAAUAUGUUUUAAUUUCUUUGAAUUUCAACUUUUCAUAAAUUAUAGAAUAAUAACUUUUCCUAUCUCCAUUAAAAUAUCCUGAGUGCUAUUUUAGCUAAUCAUAGUCCAUUGCUAUCUGGAUUUUCCUGAAUUAAAGAAAUUUUCAAAUCCAACCGCCUCUGUGAUGAGACAGGCAACACCUGCAAUUACUUAAGGUCCAGAACGUAGAAGAUGAAGAUGUAUAUUUAUUACAAAAUGGCCAUUUCAAGUAUUUCAGUGUUAAUCUUCAGGUAAAUUUUAAUAAAAAAUUUGUUCGUCAGAGAUAUGCAAGACACAUAAAUAAAAAUAAACAAGCCCAAAGUGGACCGAUAGUGAUACACAAGUCGUUGUUUUUCUGAACAAAAUUUGAUGCUGACAGGUGUCGGUGCUGGGCGUGCGCGUGCAAUCAGAUAAGACCAAGCUGGAAGGAAGAAAAAUGCGAGCCAACUGGUUUUCCAGGUUACUGGUUUAACAGAUAUUACUCAUCCUUCAAUUCAUUGAUUUCAAGUUUUCUCAGCGAAUUCAAUUUUUUCCUUUAGCGCAUGUGUGCAAUAUGUUAAUUGUACAUUCCUCUGAUUUGUGUCUGGUUUCUAUUACAUGUUUGCUCAGUAACGAUUUUCCCAUUGGCUUUCAAAGAAUGAAAAAAUGAGAAAACCUUCACUCAGCAAUCAUGUAAUAGAAACCAGGCACAAACGAGGGAGUACAAUUUACACAUUGUACGCUUGCGCCAAUGGCGAAAAAUGGAAUUUGCUGGAAAAACUUGAAAUUGAUAAAUUGAAGAAUGAGCAAUAUCUGUUCAAACCAGUCCGCUGGAAAGACUGUUGCCCUAAAUGAUUCUUCCCUCCAGUUUGGUCUAAUCUGAUUGCGUGGGUACGAUUGGUCACCUGUUACUAUCAAAUCCUGCCGAGAGAUUCUAGGGACUCAAUUCUGUAAUUGUGAAUCCUUCUAAACUUGAACAACAUUUUACAGUUAAAGUUUAUUUUUCGACUCUGACCUGCGUUAUGAAACUUUUCUGAUGAGCAGGAUUUUUCAUUUUUUUCCUCUCUAAAAUUUUGAGAACAAUUCAGGGUUAAAGGUUUUAUUCCAUUCCAUGUUCAUAUUUUCCAUCCAAUUCUCAUCUGUAUCAAGAUUUGGGUAAUCUCAACCUUGCAUUUUUCACGACUUUUCAUUAUGUAAUAUAUUCAUGUGGAAAAUUUAAUUCAUACCCUGAAGUUGUUAUCAUUAAUUAUUUGUGUGCAAAUCGGUGUUCAACACACUCAUAAGACAUCGAUACAUUCACGCUCAAAGGUGUUUUCUAGCAACCAACAUCAUAUCUGCGCGAUUGAAAAAGACUAUCAAGUCUUAUAAAAGAUAUAUGUAGACAUGAAAAAUGGACGCAACAAACUAGUUGUACCAUGGAAAGAUUUUUAUGUCUUUUUUGUUUGUUUUGUUUUACCUGUAGACUUAGUUUCAAAUAUUUUUCAUUAUUUGUGCACAUGCAAGGUUCUGUAUUUUGAUUCCUUAAGUUCUACUAAUAUUUUUAGUAGAUAGGUGAAUAAUUAUACGCUAAUUAUUGAUUUGAUUAUUCAAAGAAAAAUAUAUCACAAACUUAAUCUAUUCUAUUCACAGUGAAAAUAAGUAGGUCAGUCUGCAUGUUGCCUUUUUCCUUGGUAGUAUUUGCCGAAGCUCUGUAGCUUUUUAUUCCUCAGAGCCCAGCAUUCCAAGAACAUUACAUUGAAAAUUUUAACUUUUGUCUUUUGUGCAGAUUUUACGAAGUAAACUCAAGCCAUUUGUCCUUGUGAUUUAAAAAUUUAAUUUAUUUCAUUGUUGACUAAUUACUAUUGUGUUUUUAGACCUUUUGGAAGUUAAAAAAUUUACCAACUCCCAAAAUGUUUUUAUCAUUCAUGUAAUUUUUUUUUAAAUUUUUCUGUAAAAAUUGCAUAUACUACACAUACUUAAUGUCACCAGAUGCAAAUUUUUCUUCCAUAAUCAAUUUUAAGAAAGCACAAAAUUGUGCGACAGUCAGCCUCUUGGUUUUUUUCAUCCUUGUGGAUAUUUUUAACUUUUAACGGUUUUCAGAGAAUUUAAAGUAGCAUAGCACCUUCUUUUUUUAUAAUUAUGGCAAUAAAAUGUUGAAUGUUCAAUGGUUUAAAAAAAAUUUCUCUAAUGACUAAUUUUAUCCUAACGAAGAACGUUUUAUUCAUUCUAUUUUGACCAAUUUUAAUUAGGUAUCUAGUUCUUGAUUUUUCACUGUGCAUCAAACGGUCCAUUUUCUAUUAUUUGUCAUAACUGAGUAAAAAGUCCUGUCAGGAUACUUUUUCAAAUCAUCUUACUUAUUCUUUUUCACAGUUAAGAUUGCAAAUGAAGAUGGAAACUACUUAACGGUCAUGGAUUAAUUGUGAUGAACAUAUGAAAGAGUAGUAAAUGCCUUUGUAAUUGUUUAUACUCAGUUAAACUCUGUUAAUUUUUGAACUAUGUUGUAAACUUCUUAAUAUUAUCAAGGACCAUACCGAUUCUGAAUCAUUGAUUCCCUUGUAACAUUCCUGGGAAAAGUGUAUCUUGCACUUAGCACUGAUUUUCCAUUUGCUCUAAAAUAGACCAAAUAUCAGGAAUAUUUUCAUUCAUGGUAGCUUGAUCUCAUGCCUCAGCCAUCUUUUUUUUAUCGCUACUUUGCUAUCUAAAAAUACCUAGUGCCACAUUGACCUUCUUAUCCAGGUUGGAAAGAGAAAUUUUUCCCACUGUUUUAAAAAUUUCAAGUUACUUUUACAAUUUUACUUAGAAUUGUAUUUUUAAGCUCGUGUUGAAGCAUAAAACUGUAGUUCAUAGACGCACAUUACAAAUAAUUUUCCUUGUUCAUUUUUAAUGUAGGAAUCAUUGGAUUAGAUUAUAAGGUAUAACCAGAUCUCCUACUAAGCGUUUCAUUUUUUAAAGGCAUUUUACUGUAAUGGCCAGUCCCUUAAUUUUUGUUGAUGGUCUUGAAAUAGCUUUGUACCUUAGUCAGUAUCAAGUACGUAUCACAGAACUGCAUUAUCACAGAUAGUGCUCAUAAGUAGGCAGCAAAAAUGAUUGGUAACCUUCGUCCAAGAGCUUGUCAUAAAAACAGCAUUUUGACCCUUUUCAGGAUUUUUUCAAGCUCAUAUAUUGAUUUUUCACACUUAAACUUCGCUUUUCUAAAGUUUUGAGAGCUCUCAAAUAAUUUGAAAGGAAUGUAAGAGGAGAGGAAGGGAUGAGCCAAAAUUCUGCAAUCCUAUAUUCAUAGAAUAGUUGGAGAUUUUAAGUCUUAAUUUGCUUUGAAAUUUGCUGAAAUCACAAACUUUCCAUGUUUCUAAGUUUAUUUCAGUAGCUUGAGUGUCUAGCCAAUCUAAACUUGCAUUUUUUCUUUUUUAUACUUUUUUACUAUCUAUUUUUAAAAUCUUCGUAAGCGCUAAAUGUUCAUUUUCCAAACCCCUCAUGGAAAUUCUUACAGAAAAAAAGAAGGAAAUUUUGUAUCUUUAGCCUCACAAAGCUAGCUUCUACUGCUGUGAUAGCUAAGAGAGCAGUAAGUGCAUUUCUGUCGGAGCCAUGGUCAGCACAUACUUUUAUACGUUUUGAGGUUCAUCCCAGCAUGCACUUACCGCUCUCUUCGCUAUUACGGCAGUACAAUUGAAAGAAAUAUAGUUCACAGAAUUGUUGAUUGUGUCACAUCGAUUACUCUACUACUUAUAGUAUCCUAGAAUAUUUCCAUGCUAAGAAAAAUAAAUAAACAAUAGUUUAUUGGAAAUGAUUUUGUAGCUUAUAGCUGGCUCAGAAAAAAAAGUAGUUCACAUAAUCCCACCUUCCCCUAAAAUGUGGCAAUUAUUGGAGUGUUGAUGUUUCCCUGCCUUAUCUGUGAGUACCAUUAGUCAAAAUGCAAUUAUGUGACUAGUGCAACUGACAAUUCUAGUUACAAAUGGAAAGAUAGAUGAGAUUAAGUGAUUAUUCUUGUCAAAAUCUUGAUCGAGUUGUAAAUAUUUUACCUCUUUUUUGUUAAUAUUAUUAAUAUCCAUUACGUUAUCUCUACAAGUGUACAAAUUUGUAAUUGUUUGAUAGGAAAAAAAUCUUGUUCACGCUUUUGCCUAUCAUGAAUGAACUGUCCUGUUUUUAUUUAAAUAAAGUAUUCAUGAACAAUA